GCAUUCCCAUUAUGGUACAGAGACACAGAGCAGUCUAGUCAGCACAGAAGAGAGAGAAGAUUUAAGAGUAUCACUCGCAUUUCAGCUAUUGAAUGGACUUAAGUUCCUAAGCUAUUCAAUGAUGACUGGACUACGAAUACAGAUGGUGUGUCUGAUGCUCCUUGCUUUCAGCUGCUGUGGGAUGUGCACAGAUUCUGAAGAGGAGAUGAAAGCAUUAGAAGCAGAUGUACUCAGCAAUAUGUACCCAUCAAAGGUGAAUAAGGCGAGGCUUCCAUACUGGAAAAUGACUCUUCUCAAUGUAUGCAAACUUGUUAACAAUUUUAACACCCAAAUGGAGGAAACAGGGGAGACUGGAGAAGAUCUUACAGUCAGAAAACAAUAUCCAACAACAUUGAAUGGCUUUAACUUGGACGCAAUGUUGACAGCAAUUCAGCUUCAGAAAAUUUGCCAAAGUAUGGUCUUUCCACAUUCAGAGCUGCUUCAACAGGAUUACCUUGAACCCAGCAGCUCGAACAGUGAAAACGAAGACAUUGUAAAGAGAAAAACUCCUUAUAUUUUAAAAAGACAGGCCAUUGUAAGCAAAGCCAGGAGACCCUACAUACUGAAAAGGGGCUCUUAUUACUAACAAUGUCAAUAUGAUUCACUAAGAUGUGUUUAAUUUAUACAAGUAAAUGUGAUUUAUGGUUAUUUUACCUACAAUUAAAAUUAUAUUUGUGCCAUAAAUAAAUUGGAAAAUGAUUGUCAUUAAGAUAAUGUAAAUGUGUUUUUAUUCAAGUUGUUUGUUAAAUGUGUUUUUUAUAUACAUGAAAUUAUUUGGACUUUUACAUUUUGAAAAUAAAUGCCAUUUAUCUGCAAUGUGUUCAUCCAUAAAGUGAAUCAGAAGCACUAUUGGAUCCAUGGUCUGUUGCUGAGAAGGAUUGUGUGGAAAAUGCAUAUAGAGUUACCAGAAGUAAAACCUUUAGUGAUGAUUUAGAAAAAAUUAAAACUGACAAAAAGUGUUACUGUUUUAAAACAUGUUUCUCAUCUAGAAUGACAAUAAAGUUAGAGUACUACACUAAAACUUUUAAAAUUAUUUACAGAUUUUUUAUUUUGUGUAUUCUUUUCCAAGAGGACCAAUAAGACUAAAAACAGCAAUAGAGAAAAACAUACGCAACCAAAAAGUUGUACCAGAUUUUUACUCUUUAUAAGAAACUACAUCAUUAACUUGAAUGUAUUUAGUAUUACCGUUUUUCCCAUUCACUUGAAUGCAGCAUUACCAAAACUUACCCAAGGACAUGCAAUGCAUUGGUUCAAAGACCUGUUUUGUCUAAUCAUACACAACCACUUUCAAUUCUGAAAAACUAUCAUUUUUUACAGUUGCUAUGAGACAGAUAUGCACGGGUAAUCAUGGACAUAAAGAAAAUUACAAGAGAUAGGAUCCUAACUUAUACAAUACAAUUAAAAAACAUUCUGAGGGUAGCAACAGGGUUCUUGUAGAAAAGUCUAGAUUCUUACACAGAAGUUAUAGGGGUGAAAAAUAGGGACUAUGCUAUAAGAUGUUUCAGCUGUAUUUGUCUAUGUGUAGAUAUUUAAUUAUAUAAAUAAAGCCUUUUGAGAGUU